CGAACCCGUGUCCCCUGCAUUGGCAGGCAGACUCUCAACCACUGUGCCACCAGGGAAGCCCAACAAUGACAUUCUAAUAAGUCCAGGGUAUCCUCAUGGAUGAUGAGAGAUGCUUGCCACAGUUUCUUGGUCACCCCAGUCUACAGCCAGCUAUCUUCAGAAACAGAGUCACACAGCUGACCUGCAGUUGCCCAUGGAUGGAUAAGUGAGCCCUGCUGAUACUGGCUCAAAGCACCACAGAAUCACGAGCUAAAUAAAUGGCUUUUGUUUUCAUCCAUUAAGUUAUUAUUAUUAUUAGGUAAAAGCUAAUUGAUGUGUCAGUCAGAGAGAUUUAUAAAUCAUGUUAAGGAAUUUAGAUAUGAAUCAGAGAAUGCCAAGGGUUCUUCAAAGAGUUUAAGCCAUGAAAGUGGUCGUAUCAGAUUUGUGUUUCAGAAAAAUCACUGUUGGACCCAGCCAAUGAGAUCAUGUGUAGUUAAGCAUCUUGCAAAAUGUGAAGCAGGGUGCAAAUACAGUUGAUGAGUAAAAAUAGUAAGGAUGCACAAGACACAAUUUCAAGGCAAACCCUUCAAAUCAAACCCUCUGAAAACAUCUAGCAAUGGCGCAUCUGGCUACAAAUUAUCUCCCAAGCAAGUAGCUUGCUGCUGGUAGCCAGCCCUGGGCCUAGAAGAAGAGCUGGACAAAGCAAGGUGGCACGGGGGAAGGGCAGAAUGUGCUAAGACCAUAGGAAACUCACUUUUCUCAAAGAUGACCUGGAUCAGCAGUUCUUCAGGCUAAUUUGGUCCCUGGAUCAAAGACCUGGGUCAAGGGGCCUCAGGAAAACCUUUCAGGAGAUUAUCAUAAGGAGAUAAUCAGAGAAUCGCACAAAGAUUGGUGAGUUUUCUUUGUAGCAUUACUUCUAAUGUCAAAAGUUUAACACUAUAAAUGUCUAACAAGAGGAAAAUAAUGAUGUUAUUAUAAAACUAUGUGGUUGAAAACUAUGCAAAUGUUAAAAUAAAAUUUUCAAAAAUUAUGGCACAGAAGUUCACAAUAUAAAAAAACAUGUAUAAAGAAUGCAACAGACAGUUUUUCACUAAUAUUCAUUCUAGCCUUUUACCUUAAUAAUAGAACUCCUGAUUUUUAACCGGACACAUGGCCACCCAGCUAGAAACCGUUUCUCAGCAUCCCUGGAUUCUGAGUGUGACCAUGUAGCUGAUUCUGGACGAUGGAAUGUGACCAGGAGUGAUGCAUGCCAUUUCCAUAUUGUCCCCUAAGUAUUUUUGGACUAGAGUUCCUUUUGCCUAUUCCCUUUCCUAAAGGAUCAGUUGCAGAUGUGACGAUGGGAGCUAGAAAAUACACCUGAGACCCAGAGCCUGUCUAGGGAGUAACCUGUCUGCUGUGCUGAUGAAACUCCUGCCCAGCGUGAAUGCCUGACCAAAGCUCAAGUGACUCACGAGCUGCUGUAUGUUUGAGGGACACUCAUCUGAAGGUCACUGAUCAGGUGCACAGAUUCUCCGCUCGAGCCCUCAAGGACCUGCCAGACUGUGGGCUGGACCACGACCCCCAGACCGCGUCCUAAGAACUUUCUCGCCCGAAUGAUUAGCUGCUUCUUCCCAAGCGUCUGCUCACACCUUGAAACAGCCGCUGCGGAAGGCGCCUCCCCUAAGAUCCCCGGGACAGUUCACCACCUCAAAAUCAUCCCACCGGAGCCAGCCAGUGAACGAAGCAUUCAGGCUAUUUCCUCACAACCCAUCUGUGACCUCCUGAACCUCCAAAUGGGCAUUACCAGACUCUGCUGGACCAAGGGCAGGUCUACCCGUCUUGAAAGCAAUUUCAGUUGUCAAAACAUCGGCCUUAUUCAUGGUUUUUGGAUCUUGACACCAUCACAGUUUGAUUCACAUUUACAAGGAGCGCAGAUGGCCUGUGGGUCAGAUGGACUGAUGAGAAGAUCAUUGCCAAGACAAUGUGAAAGACACCGAUGGUCUGAGGAACAUAGACACAAUAGAGACAAGGUAAGAGAGGAAAGAAGUGAACAUAUUUACGAACCAAACCCACAGGACUUGGUAAGGGAUUGUGGAGACACACGGAAGGUGAAGGAACCAAGAAUGACUCUUCAAUUUCUAGCUGGAAUGCAAGGAGGGAACUUAUGUAUAGUGUAGCUGAUGAUAAAUUUCCUUAGAACAUGUUGAGGACAGGGAGGAAACCAGAAAGCACUAUCCAUCAGGCACUUGGAUAAUCAGGUCUGGGGACUGAGAAUAGAUCAAGACAGAAAACGCAAUUUGGGGUGUUAUCAAAACAGGUGAAAUUAGAAGAACUGGAUUGGGGAAAGUAUGUGGAGUCAGAAGAGAAGUGAGCUGAGAAAACAUCCUGGGAAACAUUAAUAUUUAAAG